UAUAUAUAUACAAUAAUUUCAUAUAUUCCUAGGCGUACAAAAACGGAAAGGACAAGUCAGGAGCAGCUGCAACAUUACAUAAUGUUUUGCAAACAGCAUCCUGAGUUGCAACGGGGAAGCUAACUCCGACCAACCCUCAAGGGCUGCAAUUACUUUGGUCGGAGUUAGCAGAUAAUUUAAAUGCCUUAAGAGGUCCAACUCGGUCGGCAGCCAAGUGGAGGGAGGUAAGUUCAUAAAUGCUUGUGUAUGUUUCACAUUAUUAAAAUAUGUUUCCAUAGUCAUUGAUGAAUUGGAAACAUCAGUUGCGAUCGCGAGCGCGCAAACUGAAGGCACAUGCGCAAGCGACUGGUGGAGACCCUCCGAUAAAUGGAAUGAGCGAAUUCGAGGAGCAAGCAAUUUCAACUUUUGGAGCAGCAGCGGUGGAUGGAUUUGCCGGGUGUUGCGACUUUGGGUCACCAGGUUUUGCCGUUGUAUUUAAAUACAGUCAAAUCGCCUGCUCCAGCGCCAACACCAACAGUCGCAUCGCCUGCUCCAGCACCUCGCCAGCAGUCACUUCGCCUGCUCCAGCGCCAACACCAAUAGUCGCAUCGCCUUCUCCAGCAUCCUCGCCAGCAGCCACAUCUCCUGCUCCAGCUUUUCCUGCUCUGACUUUAAAUUUUUUUUCCUCGCCAUCACCUAAUUUUUCUUCCUCACCAUCACCUCCGCUUUCUUCCUUAUCUCCUCCCAUCUUAUCUUCUCCUAUGCCAUCUCCUUCUUACAUCCCUCCUGAAACAUUGACUGCAGCGAAGAUGCUUGGGACAGUGCUAAAGAAAAUGGAGGAUCGGGAAAAGCGAGAGGAGGAGGCCAUUGCUCUACAAAGGAAAAUUGUAGAGCAAAAUGUGCAGAUGACAGGGGUGCUGACCCAAAUGACAAAAGCACUAACCUCGCUGUCCGAGGUUAUGGCUAAAUUGUCUGAAAAAUUAGAUAAGCAAUAAUAAAAAUGUAAAAAAAUAAAAAAAAAUUAAAUAAAAAUGUAAAAAAAUAAAAAAAAAUUAAAUAAAAAUGUAAAAAAAUUAAAUUAAAUAAAAUGAAUUCUUUAAUAAAUAAAAUAAAAUAAAAUGAAUUAUUUAAACAUAUGUAGAUGUCUUUUUAUUCAUUCUUAGAGGGAGUAAAA